AGGAAAUUGACCAACGCACUUGAUGAACAUGCAUUUCCGGGAUGAGCGAAAAAUAGCCAUGUAAAUGUCCUCGAUAUUAUUUACUUUUAAGCAGUUUGAAUGGAAGAAAGGUUUUAAUGAAUAGCUAUGCUGAAAAGGCUAGCUGGAUACUCUCCAAUUUCAUUUACCGAUGAUCACAAGGUAGUGAAGAGCCACUGUUCGUGUUUUCAUUUGAAACUGAAAUGCUUCUUUCUGAUUGGUGCUCUGCUUCUGACCAUCAUCCUGUUGUCAUGGUUGUCAUACUCCAGCCAUGGUGCGAGACCGUCUGCUCGCCCAGGAACUCUUCAACUUGGAGAAAGAGUUGGUCAUCAGCAUCAUCAUGGCUCUGUGGUUACCAUACCACAGAAAGGAAGUGGACCUUCCAACAGACUUCUGGAUGAUUUUAACGGCUCCAAGAAAAAGCUGCUACUACUACCAAAAGAAGGCAGCGAAGACAGGCAUGAUGCCUCUAAGGCUUUGAUAUCGAGCAUAGAAACAGAAGUAAAACAAGGAGUAGAAGAUCUGGAUAAAAAUGCUCAUCAUCUGAGCCAUAAUUAUCAUCAUAAUACUGACGUACCAGUGGAUGAAACUGGUUCGAAAGGAAAGAGUGAUGACUACUAUGACGAAGGAGAUAACAAGAACGUAGAUGAAGAUUAUGAUGAUGCUGAAAAGCACACUGGUCUUCUGAAGCCUCGGCUUCCAAAAUGCAUCUUGAUCGGAGUCUCCAAAGCCGGCACAUCAGCGCUGCUGUUCUUUCUGAACAUGCACCCAAAGAUUCGCAUUUCACAGAAAGAAGUUCAUUACUUUGAUCUAAUGCAGUACUAUGAUCAAGGGCUCAAAUGGUACAAGGAGCAAAUGCCUCCAUCCUAUGCCGAUCAGAUCACCAUUGAAAAGACACCGUCUUACUUCGUCUCCUUCAAAGUGCCGAGCAGAAUCCACAGAACGGACAGCUCGAUGAAGCUGAUGGUGAUCGUGAGGGAGCCGGUGAGUCGUGCUAUCUCACAGUAUCUACUGAUGAGGAAGAGGUCCGACCGACACAACCUGCCGUUCCCGUCAUUCGAAUCCCUGGCCAUCAACCCACUGACUGGCAACGUCAACAGGACCUUCAAGGCAGUGCGGAGCUCGGUAUACUAUGACUACAUGUUUCACUGGCUUCAGUAUUUCCCCAGGGAUCAGAUCCUCAUAGUUGACGGCGAUAAUUUCAGGAAGGUGCCAUGGGAAGAGAUCAGCAAAGUGGAAUCCUUUCUUGGUGUCGACCAUCUGCUGAGUAAGGAACAAUUUGUUUGGAAUGAUGUGAAGCACUUUUACUGUUAUAUGAUGGAUUCGGGUGAAAAAAACUGUCUCCCAGAAUACAAAGGACGGAAGCAUCCGACUAUUGAUCCACAAGUUAUUCAGAAGCUCAAGGAUUAUUAUCGACCAAUGAAUGAAAAGUUCUAUAGGUUGGUAGGUCAAAGAUUUGACUGGGAUCAAAACACAAUUUAGUUACUGUCACUGCAGACCUCAGACAAUUGAAAGUUUGCUGUGUAACCAUUUAUGGGUUACAUCCGAAAAAAUUACAGGUAAUCCAUUUUAUUGGAAGACCGUUUACAAGCAUGUACACAUAUAUAUGAUGUCCUACAUACCAGGGAUUUAUCCAGGCAGUCUGUUGUACCGAACAUAGGCCCCUUCCCAAAAGCACGGAAAAUUCCCAAUUUGAUAUGUAACUAUUUUUCUACUUAUGUCUCUUCUGAUAAAUUAAUUUAACAAUGGUGCAUUGCAUCAUUCGAUGACCUAACAAAUUAUGAAUAAAUUGUGCUACUUUUCCCAAUGCCAUCAGACAUGGGACCAUGGUGAGAAAUCCUGGAUAAAUUCCUGCGUAUAAUAAUGUACUUAAUGAAAAAUGGGUGAACCCAAAACGAGACUUGUGCAGUAGCCAGACGAACAAACCGAUUGUCCUUGCAAUUUUCAGAGGCGUGCACUGGAUAUUUCAUUUACAUGUAACACCAUGUGAUGGAGAGAUGAAAUCUUUAUUUAUUUGCAUUUUUCACCAUUUAAGGAAAUACCUUGUAUGUGUAUUUGGCAGCAUUCUUCAAAGGUAACACAAAAUUAAUUGUAAAAGCAUUGCUGAAACAUUGUCAAGUGUAUAAAUUAUUUUACAAAUAUAUGAUGUUAAAUAUAUUUGAUAAUAACGCACAUUUAAUGGUGACACCAUAUGUUACCAUUUUAAAUUAUUUUGUUUGGUUAAGAAAAACGUAAUGUAAUGAUUAUCUAACAAAAUCUAUUGUUAAAAAUCUUUUGCCUAUGUACUUUAUGUUUUAAACAGGCACUAAUCUAGCAGGUGAACUGGCACUCUUUUUCUUUUGACUGAAAGUUAGGUCAAGAUGCCAUGUAGUUAGCAGUAGUGAGAAGUCGAAAACGCCAUUUUUGAACCUCAUUCAAUUUCAAACAGAAAAAUACACAGCAAAUGUUAAGACACUGACUUGUUUAUUGACACAGCUCACUUUAUCUUCCUGGUCGGUCCCUUGUUGGACUUUGACAACAGACUAGACAGCAAUGCAUGUCAUGACCCAUCAAGUGUUCAGUUCUCGGCUGGAUUAAUUUCAAUAAUGUCAGAAAAUACUAGUACUUGUUACUUUUAUUUUAAUAUAACAAUGGAAUGUUGAAUAUUUAAUGUUAACAAGUUUUUUUAAUGGAAAUAUUCAGCUUUUUCGUUUAAAAUUUACCGAAAGUAGUAUUUCAUAUUACAAUAUUUUCUAAAUGAAUUCGAAACAUGACAAAACACUACAGCAGGUACUGAUAAAUGUUUACUCACCCAUUUUUAAUUGAAUUUCUCCCCAUUCUUCUGGAAAGAGAGUUCUAGGUCACUUCUACAUGUACGUUUUCAAUCCUAGAUUAUUGCCUGUUUAAGAAAGUACUGCAAUUUUAGCAUUAUUUUUUUUCUGUUAAAUUUACUUCUUUAUCAUAUUUGGUAUUAAAUAAAUGACAACAGCAUCAUCAAAAAACGGUUAAUCAAAAUUAUUAAUUUAACAGAGGAUAAUAUUUCUGUUGGAUUAUUAUUUUAUAUUACUUUUUACUUAAACCUAUUGAACAUUUUGUACUUGAUGAAUAUUAAAAUAAAAGAUAGGGUAGUAUUUAAAAAACCCCAAAACAUUUUGUCAUGCAUGAUGACAACUUUCAUUUCAUCUAAAAUCAAAUGAGCAAUUGUUUACCUUGCAAAACAUUCCACAUACAUAAUCUGUUUAUAAUCUUAUCCAUAGUAUUUUGGGGGUCUGUAUUUAUCAGUACAAAUUAAUUUAUGUAUAUUACUUGUUUGAGCAUAUAUUUAAAAUAUUUAAAUUAAGUAACAGAAAGCUUGUUCACUGCUGAUUUCGUAAUUUGUGGGUUAAUUUUUGAUUGGCUGUUUGGUUACAAUAGCAACUGCAGUGUGAUUACAAAUCAUGAAAUAAUACUUGUCCAUGCAUAUGGUAAUUAUAUUGCUUUAAUAUAGUUUGGUUAAAUGCACAAGUUUUUUUUUCAUAUUUCUAAAAUCUACAUGCUUGUCUCUAUGAGAAUUAUUUUGCUUCAUACAUACUAAAAAAAAAUGUAGAUUUUUUUUCUUCAGAAUUCUGGAUUGUAGUUUAACCUGAAAACUGUUGGUCCUGCCCUGGAAUGUCAUUUAACAAAUGAAGUAGUCAUUACCAAACACGAUAUGCAUUUUUGUUUCAAAUUAUGGAGUUAGUAGUGAAGGUACGUAUAUGUGUACUUAUAACUUAGUACAACUCUGCAAUAGGACAAUAGUUUUUAUCAAUUAAUAUAAUAUACUUUAAUGGAUAUUUUUCUUGUUUUGGAAAUGAGGUCUUCAAAUGUUAAUUAUCUUUUACUUCCCAUUUCUUUACAUACACAGGUAUGCAGAGUUGUCAUAUAAAAUUUAAAAAAAGAGUAAAAUAAAUGGACAUACAAUUGUAUCUUUUCUUGUCCACAUUAGUCCAUGACCACAUAAAGCUUUGUUUUUAGUUUUCUAAAUACAAUAUGUAAUGUAUAUUUUGAAUCAAGUAACCGUGUCCACUAUUAUCUGUAUGUGAAGUUGUAAUGGUUUGUGAAUUACAUGGGGAGGGGUGGGGGGGGGGGGGGGGAAACAACAAUGCAAAUUGUGUACAAUUGUUCCUAAAAUCUGUGAUAUGUAAUUGAGCACAACACAUCACAUUUUUUGUGACUAUUGUACCUUUUAGGCUUUGUGUUUAAAUGCUUAGCAUACUAUGUAACUCCAUGGUCAUGUACAAUGUAUGUUUAUGUAUGUUGUGAUUUUUUAUUGUUACAGUUGACAUUUUAACCACAAAACCCCCCAACAAAAAUGGCUGGUCCAUGUUUCUUCUUUUUCAUUUUCAUAAAGAAUUAUAGGUGUUAAUAUAUUGUACAUGCAUUUUUAAUACUUGUCCACUAAUGGUCAGCAUUUUUAUUUUGUUAACGUUUCAGAACAUUUUGCUAUCUUUCUACAAUUUUUUUCUGUUGUGUUGGAGUUUGUGUAUGGAAUAUAAGUGUGUAUACUAAAUUGAACUCCACUGAAAAUGCACCACCUAAUUUUAAGUUGUUAUUGCUAUCACAUCAGUGCCAGAAAGAAAUUGUUGGGUAUGGCGCUAUGGAAUUGAAUGCAACCACAGUCAACUGAGGGUAUGGGGGACUUCACCCAGAAAGAAAAUGGGUUACGUUUAGGCUUAUGGUUAAGAAAAUCAUACAGUAAUGAUACAAGUAAUUCAUUUUGUUGAAGGGUUAACUUAAAAAAUAAAAUCUGCAAAAAAAGUUGGGUAUGGUGCCAUACCCGUUUUACUCUCUGGCAGAAAGCCUGCACAUAUAUGUUGCUAUAAAACACAAUAACCUUAAAACCGUGUAUACAAUUUUUGUUUUAUUUAUUGCUAUCAUGUGUGUUGCUAUAAAACACAAUAACCUUAAACCGUGUAUACAAUUUUGGGUUAUUUAUUGCUAUCACAUGUGUUGCUAUAAAAAACACAAUAACUUUAAACCAUGUAUACAAUUUUUGGGUUAUUUAUUGCUAUCAUGUGUGUUGCUGUAAAACAUAAUAACCUUAAACCGUGUAUACAAUUUUGGGGUUAUUUAUUGCUAUCACGUGUGUGUUGCUGUAAAACACAAUAACCUUAAAAUUUGUAUACAAUUUUUUGGUUAUUUAUUGCUAUUACAUACAUGUGUGUUGCUAUAAAACACAAUAACCUAAAACCAUGUAUACAAUUUUGGGUUAUUUAUUGCUAUCACAUGUGUUGCUAUAAAACACACAAUAACCCUGAACCUUGUGUACAAUUUUUGGGUUAUUUAUUGCCUACCACUAGUAUUGACCAAUAGAAAAGUAUAGUUUCGGUUUAUACUCCUUAAAAUGUUUUUCUUCCAAAAAUAUAUAUUAACCAUAUUAUUGAAGCGCUAAAGCCCCUACCCUUAUCUUCACUAUACCAUCCCCAUUGGUAUCUGUGUGUAUGCAGUGAUAGAAAUAAGAAGAAUAUUUUUACUAGUCCACUGUCAAAUACAUAGAUCUAGAAAUUUACUUGUCCUCCAAUAUUUUCACUUGUCCAAAUACAUGGUUUGUUUUAUUCAAGUACCAGGAUGAUGUUUGUGAUUGCUCAAAAUGAAACUGCACUGAAAUUUUGUACUUGUCCACUAUACAUCCACCUAGGCACAUUUUGCUUGUCUGAAUAAUUGUCACUUGUUGAAACAAAUGGACAAGUGCUUAUUUUGAAUACUGGUAUGUGUACAGCAUUUAAUUCACAAAUUUUCUCUUGGCAUUUGCUAUAUGUACAGAAUCAACAAGAUUAGAAUUUUUCAUUUAUUUGUUAUUUUAACUUUAAUAGCAGUAAGAAUGACAAACAAUAUUUCAGGUGUAUAUAUUUAGUACUACUGAUAAGAAUAUGAUGACCUACUACUGAAACAAAAUAUCAUAUAUAUAUGUAUAUCAUGACCUUCAUAAUGUUUGAAUUUGUUUUAUUGAUGGAAUGUUUUAAUUAAAAAAACACCAAAAAAACACAUAACAUACUUAAAGAGUUCAGGUUAUUUGCCCUAAGUAUUUUGAAAGCUGGACACUGGGAGAAGGAAAUAUUUUUUAACCAAUUUUUAAGCUGUCAUUUUAGAAACAUUUUAGCACUUUAGAUAAAUUUUCUAUAAUAUUACCAUUUUAUUUAUAUACCACUAGUAUGUCAUAUUGCAUCCAUUAAAAAUACACAUAUAUAUACACACAUACACAUACACAUACACAUACAUAGAUAUAUAUAUAUAUAUAUAUAUAUAUAAAAAAUUGGCAACUACCAUGUAAUAUUAUAAGUUGUCAGGAAGUGAGAUGACUACCUCGUGAAGUUUUUAGUCACUAUUUUGUUACUUUAUAUUAUACACAUGAACACCAAACCAUGAACAAAAAUAUGUUAGUGAGAUAGUUUAAGUAAGUAAAAUUAAUACUGUGACUUAGUACAGUAUGUUUAUUGCCAAAUGAAUGGGUGGAUAUUGAAAUCAGACAUAAGAUAUUUUUGUUUUUCUACAGAUAACUAAUUUAGUAAUUUAAUGAUUCAAAAUAAUUUACUCUAAUGUCAUUUUAAUUUUAUUAGCUGGUGGGUUUAAAAAAGAGAAAAGAAAAACGUUUUAUAGUUAUGCUUAUGACUGAAAAAGGAUGAAAUAAUUUUCGUAUUAAUGUUAAUAAAAACAUUGAUUACUCCGUGAACUGUGUUUAUUAGCAAAGUACAUGUCUAUUUCUAUCUCGCCACUGACAGUAAACUCACAGUGUUUAUUUUACUUCGUGUUGUACAUAUUUUUGUUUCUGUCUUCCAAGGACUUGCUCACAUAUUUUACAUGCUCAUCAAAUUUUUUUGCAUCUUUAAUUGUCAGUGUAUGUGUGUAUAUGUGUGCUUUGAAGUUUGUGGCAUGAACAGGACUAUUCAGCAAUUACAUAAUGUAAAAAUAAUUAUUUUUAUUCCCUCCAAUGGCAACCCUAUUUUAAAAAAAAAAUCUUGCCUUCCAGAUACCUCGGCUAAAAUCUUAAUUUCUCCCUCAUGUUUUUGUAUUGAAGCCAUAACCCAUCCAUCCCAAGGGUGCUAAUUCUAUGUAAUUGUUGAACAGGCCAUUGUGUAUUGGGAUGGUUUCAGGUCCUUUGGUGCCAGUUGUUUACUAUUGUUUUACACUGUUUGUACAUGAAACCGUUAUUAUUUAGCAACAUGUGCAUUUCAUUUAUAAACAUAAUAAAUAAAGCUUCUUUUUUAUUAUUAUUAAAAAGAGAUACAAUUUUUUGGCAUUGUAAUAUUCUUUUCUUGAUACAAAAUGUUUAGAUCUGAAUUUAUGAAGCCUGUUUAUAAAAGCAGAUGUUUAAGCAUGUAAGACAAAAACAGGCUUUGUACAUUUGGCCCGUGAUGUUUGAAGACUUUUAAAUAUGCUUUUAAAUUGACUACUUAAUUUCUGUGUAGAAGACGAAGAGUUUUUUUUGAUUAUAGGAUAAACAUUUUAAAGCAUGCACCAUACAUGUACCUGUAUAUAUAAGUAGCUGAAUGGCAGAGUAUUUGCCUGAUGUCCGAGGUAGACCUGAAUAUUUGGGGUUUUUUUUCCCCCUCAGUUGGUUCCCUACAACUUGCAUGUCAAAGGCUGUGUAUGUGCUCUCAUGUUUAUGGAAAAUACAUAUAAAAGAUCCCUUGCUCAAUGUAUUUGUUAGGUGGUCUUGAUGAAGUGAUAAUUAAGGCUUGUAGGUACCAGCAAGAGAGCAUCAGCAACCCGGUCAGGGUCGGUAGCGGGCGGAAGCUUCACAUUUGUAGCAACAGAUCUUUGAUAUGCACUUUCCACACAGACAAGACAGCACAGACCACACCCUUUGAUAUACCAGUCAUGGGACACUGGUUGGGAUAGAGUUUGCCAUCCCAAUGGGUCUGCGGAGAUGGUUAAAUCCAAACACUUGUAGCUGUAUUCUGAAAGUUGCUGAAAUGUUAAAAUUCUUUUCUGCACUAUACAGUGCCAGGUGCACAAGUGUAAACUAUGCAGUGCAAGCUUGUUUAAGCUGCCGGCAAACAUUCUAAGUUUGUUUAAGCAGGUGAGUGGUUACAUGCAUGGAAUACUAGACUUGUUCCAUGUUAGUACCGUACAGUUUGAUAUUGAAACAGGGUUAAUACAGGUAUUGUUGCAUACAUGUACUCUACAUGUACUUUUUUGUUAAUUAUGAGAUAACAUUGUACAAUGUUUCACAUGAGCCAUUGUUCUGUUGGUGUAUCACUUACACAACUUUAAAUUUAUUUAAACUGCUAGUCAGUUAUGCAGUGAACUAUUACACAUUCGGAAAGUAAAAGUUGCAAACUUCAGAAGUUACCCAAUUUAAAUGCAAUUUUGGGAUAAUUGAUUAGGUCACACAAAUAUAAUGUAUGUAAUCAUACAUUGGUUACCUACAAUUUUUAAAUAUUGUCCUCUAUGGUAAACUACCCUCUCCCUUCAAAUUCCUAAAUACUAGUAUUGUAUUUAGCAGAUCUGUGUAUAUUAAAAUGUUUAAAUACUUAGCACACCAAACUCUCAACAUCAAGGACUUGGUGAACUACUGCUUUAAGCAUCAUUAAUCAUUAACAGUUUUGCAAUACAUGGAUAUACAUGUUUGGUACUUGAUAUUGAGAGGCAAUCAGUAUAGUACUUGGGAAAUACAUGUAAUACUUGACCCUGUAUUCCAUGUGUAAAGUUAAACAAAAUUGUUUUUGUUUUGAGAUAUUUUAUUGAUCAAAAAAGAAUCAAAAGGAUUGCACAACAGGCAUGUUAAUGCGUGUACUCAAGUUGUUGGGAUUUAAAAAAAAAAAAAAAUUCUUUCUGUUUUUUUAAAGUUAAAUUGUAGAUUUAAAUAAUUUGGCCAUGAGAGAGUGGAAUUUUUCAUAAUGAAUUUGUAUAAAUUCACAUUCAGUUCUUUUGUUUAUCAUUUACAUAUGUAAAUAAUUUACUGUUGUGAGUGAAUAGUCAGUGUUUUUCUCCCAUGCUAAUACCAGGUCCCAUAAAUACUGUGGGAAAAUUAACUUUUUUACCAGAAAUAAUACCCCCCAAAAAAGAAGGAAAACAAAAAAAGGAAGACAGCCUAGGACAACAUGGUUGAACCUUUAUUGGUAAUACAGUCAAACUUCUCUAAACUGGACACCCAUGAGACCAAGUAAAAAUGCCAGUAUAAAGGGGUACCCAGUGUAAAGAGGUUAUGUUCUGUACUGAUUUAUUGAGUGAAAACAUUUUAUUGCAUAAACAACCAAAGGAUUGGGCACAAUUUGCCAACCUACUAGGCCCUCUCCUGUACUGAUAUUUAUAAAAAGUAUGUGAAAAACAUCUGGUUAUGAGGGAAUUCCAGCACUCGAUAUUAAAUUAGUUUACUUGCAGCCAUUCAUUUGUUAUUAACAUAUGUAGACUUUUGUUAUGUACAUAUAUAUAAUGAUAAACGACACAAGCAGAUUGGUUAUUGUGUGGAAAUGUACAUGGAUUUUGUUUGUAUUUAUUCUGAGAUUUAUUCUGUUCUCAUUUUUUAUCCACAUACUCCCAGGUGGAGUUAACUAAUUUAUGUAAUGUCCAAUAAGCUUUAACUUGAUGUCGUGAUUAGUUCGUUAUGGUGUAUAUUUUGAAUAUGUGUUUACAUGUAUUUUCAUAUGUUCAUUAUGAGAUUUAUGAGAUGUAUUUUCGUCUUCGUACUACUUAAAUUACAGUAAUGAUAACAUUUAAGAAAUUGGCCUUCUGAAAAGUAAAUAUACUGACAAAAGAAACUUACAUACGUACAUUAAUUUUGAAUAAUUUGAUAAAUAUUGCUGCUAAUUGAAAAUAAUUUUUUUAGAAACCACCAUACAAACACUUUGCAUAUAUCAUAAAGAGCAUUGUGACGUUUAGGUGUUAAAUUUCAUGAUACUUUCAUAUCCCUUUGGACAGUUUAUUGGGUUUUUUAUAAUACAAGUUCAAGCCUUGUAAAGUUUAAUUUGUAUGUCAGUAUUGUUUAAAAAAUAUUUCUUCAACUAUGUAUAUUGAAACUACACAUAUUUUGUACACAGAUGGAGAGUUAUAACUAGUAAUAGAACUAACAAAUUGUAAAAUAUAAACUGCAUUUGGGCCAUUAGAAUUCAGAGCCAACUGUUGCUUUGUUCUUGUGAUGGGCUAUUUUCUAUUUGCUUUAGAUGUCAAACUGGUUGGAGAAAUACCUUUGUUCAAACUGGUAGGAGAAAUACCUUCGUUCAAACUGGUAGGAGAAAUACCUUCGUUCAUACUGGUAGGAGAAAUACCUUUGUUCAAACUGGUUGCAGAAAUACCGUUGCAGAAAUACCUUUGUUCAAACUGGUUGCAGAAAUACCGUUGUUCAAACUGGUUGCAGAAAUACCUUUGUUCAAACUGGUUGCAGAAAUACCUUAGUUCAAACUGGUUGCAGAAAUACUUUUGUUCAUUAACAAUAUGUAACAAUGUUAACAUUAAAUAAUACAGUUGUUAAAAAAAGAUGACAAAAUUUUGUUUAUUAAAGCAGUUGCUGUGCUUUUAUUUCUGCAUUAGUAAAAUAUUUUGUAAGGUGGAGAGGUGAGAGUGCAGCUUCAAAUGUUUUUUCUCUUUUUUUCUUCAAAAAAGAAGAAAAAAUGUUGGUUGCAGGUAAAGGUAAGAUAUAGACUGACAAGUUAAAAUGCUGUUUAGUGUCCUGCAAAUUAUAAACUGUCCCAUAUAAUAAGAAGGCCCAAUAAAACACAUGUACAUUAUAAUUUAUAACUUACUGUAUUAAUAGACCUCUAUAUUUGUGGCAUACGGUAUAUAUCUGGUAGUGGUGGUCAGUUAAAUGUAGAUCAUUUAUAACUAUUAGAAACUAUUUAUGUACAGUAUUUAUAUUUCUUUGGUAAAUGUUUGUAAAACAUCUGAGAUUUUUUGGAUUUGGUUGUUAGUUCCAUUUUAAACUUUCUAUGUAUCUAUUUUCAGAUUCUAUUGUGUUUUAAUCAAAAGUGUUUUGCAAUGUUCGUAUAUUGGUAAUUUAGUGUUCACAGGUGACUAUAUUCUUGUGCUAUACCCUUUUUUGUCAUUGAUAUUUAGGCAAGUUGAUAAUGAGUUAAAUUUAUUAUGUGUAUAUUUACUGGUAAUGCUUUAAUUGGAGAAUUAUUUUGAAGGUUACUGAUAUUUUGUUAUGACAAACAAGAGCUUUAUUGAAAUAAUUGUUAUUGACUUAAAUUAGUUAAAAUACCUCAUCUGUGACAUUGUUUAGGUGAAUUCAUUAACAUCCACAAAUGUCACAAAGUUGUUUAGAAUGUAAUUCAUUACUAUUGCUGAGAUCAGAAAAUAGUGUGUGGAUUCUUUUAGCAGGUUAUCAAAAGUGAUAUCAGGGGUGCAGAAAGUACUUGCCUGCUCGCCAAAUGCGAGUAAAUAUUCUCACGGAGGAGUUAAAAAAUGCAACUAUAUGUCCGACAGGCGAUCUGUCUUUUUCUGACAGUAUUUUGUUUUUAUUUUAUAAAUUUAGAAUUUUAUAAAUCUAUAUGGAAGAACUGUGAAAAACAGUCUUUAUUAGGAUAUUUCAAAAUCUAUAUAAUCAUUUGAUGUGAAGACAGUGCAUAUUAUAAUAUUAUUAAACAUUAAUUAAUAUAUUGUUCUAUAGGCUGGCGGACUAGUAAAUUUAAGUUGUUGCUGGUCUGGCAGGCUAGUGAAAUAUUUUUCAUUUCUGUACCCCUGGAUAGAGAAUAUUUUCAAUGGACAUUAUACAUUGUCAUUUAUCUUUUAACUCGCUGUCAUUCAUUAUAUAUUUUUAAAGGAGUUAUAAGAUGUAUGUUUAUUGACUUAAGCUAGGAAUCCAUGUGUACGUUUGUGGGUGUGAUGUGUAAUGCCUGAUGUGUAUUAGAGUAAUCACUAAGGAGUUUGGGAAUUAAUGCAUUGUGCAUUUAAACACACAUCACACAUUGCGUACAUAUGGAAGCACUUGAAUUGAUUUCUGUAUAAACUGUUGUUUAUGUACUACAUACACAUGGAUUCUUUGUUUAAUGCUUAUAAUAUAAUUUAUGUUUGAACCAAACACCAUGCCAACCUCCAGACAGAAUGAUUUGAAAGCAUGAGUACAUAAUAAAUAGCUCAAAUUAACUAGUCAGAGAUUAUUUUGUGAUUCAUAAAUAAUUUUAGAUAACAUGUUUUUUUUAAAGUGAUAUUUUACAUACAUAAACUAGUACAUAUCACAUUAUUUUUGAUAUUCAGAAAUCAAAAUCUUUUAACUGCAAUUUUGGCUAUACACAGUACAAGAUUUUGACUCCCGAACGACUCCCGAAUGUUUUUAAGUCAUACACAUUGUUCUUUGAUUUUAAUGUUUGUAGUGUAGUCUCGUUGAACAGUUUGUGUAAUAUUCUGUGCCAUAUAUAGCUUGGGUCACAAAUAAUUAUUCGUUUGUCAUCGCUGAUCACAUAUACAUGUAUGUUAGGUGCUAAUGUCGGUGUCAGACCAUCACAUAGGUGGCUGUAGUUGUCUAUUUAUUUGUACUGCUAGAGACAGAUUUUUAUGACGAGAGUGUGGCAUGGCUAGGACUAGGAGGUGUGUUUCAUCACUAACAAAGAGUUUCAGAUGCCCCACAAUGUACACCGACUAAAGCCUAUGUUUAUAGAACAUUAAAGAUAGAUUCAAGAUAGAAAGAAAGAAAUGUUUUAUUUAACGACGCACUCAACACAUUUUAUUGACAGUUAUAUGGCAUCAGACAUAUGGUUAAGGACCACACAGAUAUUGAGAGAGGAAACCCGCUGUCGCCACUUCAUGGGCUACUCUUUUUGAUUAGCAGCAAGGGAUCUUUUAUAUGCACCAUCCCACAGACAGGGUAGUACAUACCACAGCCCUUGAUAUACCAGUUGUUGUAUAUCAAAGUAUGUAGUAUGGAAUAUAGGGAACUAUAUUAACGUGCUCACAUCCUUUCGGUUCAGGCACGCCCACCAUGGACUUGGGUUCUGACUUCGCCAGCCAUCGAUUCCCCCACCAUGGUGCAUAUAAAAGAUCCCUUGCUACUAAUGGAAACAUGUAGCAGGUUUUCUCUCCAAUGUUAGACAUCCAAUAGCCAAUUUUUAAUAAUCAAUGUACUCUGGUAGUAUUGUUAAACAAAGCAAACUUUAACUGUUACACUAAUCUACAUGUAUGUGCUUCUGACACUACCCUGCACACCACAGACACUGUUGUCUGCCGUGGUGGUAAACAAAUGAUUAAAAUCUUUUAAUCUUAUUCAGAUAGUUUUUGUUAUUUCACAGCUGCUUACUCUUUCUUUUCUUUUAUAUCUUUCCUUUUUCAAACAGUUGAUGACAAUCAGAUAAUACUUUUUUUUUUUGUGGCCUCAUAUUUGUGCUAUAAAUAUUGUCUUUGUUGAUGUGUUGUGAUUCUGUCGAUAAUGGAUCUGUUAUUGAUUGAAAACUGAAUCAAAUGUUUAUUUAAUGAUUUUUUUCUAACAAAUUGAGUUAUUGUACUGUGAAUUCAUUUUUGUAGUUAGGCAAUGUUUAUAUAUUUGAUGUCAUUGUAACAGGUUGUUGGUACAUGUACUAAUAUUAAGGAGAUAUGAAAGCUGUACUGUUGUAUGUAUUACUGUGUAUGUAGGUGUUCAAGAGGAUUGUUUUCAAGUAGACAUGACAAAUUAAGGAUGUCUCAAAUUCAGGUCACAGUUUGGAGUGUAUUUUUUAUUUUAUGGUUUAAUACUUUUUCAAAAUGAACAAAAUCAGGAGUUAAUUAAUGAUCAAAUAUUUAGCAUCAUAUGUAGUAUGGACAUUUUAAGCUUUAUUUAAAAAAUAAAUAAAUUAUGUUUGAUUUUUUUAAAAUGUCCCAAAGGAUAUUUAUGCAGUGUUUUACCCCAGAUCAAUUUAAGCUUCUGAUUUACCAGUAAACUGUAUUUUAUUAUUUCACCAUCUCGCUCAACUUAUACCUUCAUUAAUUGUACCAGUAUCCAACAGUUGUUAAAUGCUUUGAAUAGAGAUUUAACCUUUUAGUAUUACAAUGUAGCUAUUCUUUACUCAAAAGGCUUAGAGUAAUAAUUCAAAGAUAAAAAAAAAAACACUUAAAAAAACAAACAUUAAAGAAACAUUUUGAUGUUUAAAAAUAAUUUUAUAUAUAUAUAGGUACUUAACGUUUGUCUGGAAAUGUAUCUUGGUUACUUUUUAACUAGAUGAUAGUGUUAUUGUAACUAUGCAAUGAUUAAAGUAUGUGGAGACAACCAUUGGCUGAAAAUUCUAAACCAAAAUGGCUGAAUUUAAAGGUGCUUUCUUAUGGUAAUGUUCAUAAGACAUGCUUAGUUAUUUUGACUACCUCAGAACCUUAUGUGUUCAGCUAAAAUUAAAAUUAGGAUGUUAUUAUGAUACAAACUCCACACAUACUAACUGUUAUUGCAAGACUCUAACAGACUCUAACAGACUGUACAUAUAGGUUAAAGGACAAUCAAAUGGAAUAAAGCCACAUACAAAAAAGGUUGAUGGGCAUCCUUUUUUUUCUUCUUCAAAAAAUGUGGGUGGGCAAGUGGAAUAUACGCUACACAGUGAGAAUUUCAUCAUAGGAAGUCUUUUUCCAGUGUUUUUAUUUUGAGAAGUUACAGUUAUGGGAAAAUGCUAUUUUCAGCAGUUUACUAGCAUGCCCUUAUUUCUAAGAAUGAUCUUAGUCAUAGCAGGGCCACAAUCAAAAUACAUACCUAGUUAAAAUAAUUCUUUUUGGAUGGGUGGGUGAUGAUGCUCACCAGCUUUUUUUUUUUUAAUGUGGUCUAAUGGACCAUACACAAAAUAUGUAUGCAAUAUAUUUUAACUUUUUUACUCACCCCUCCUGUUUAAGCAGCACUGUUGAACCAGGGUGGCUAAAAUGCAUCAUACUGUGGCAUUUUUUCAACAAAGAAAAUUAAUUUACCCUUGGUACAAGGUAUGUUUAAUGGCAAUGAAGGAAAAAUCAAAUUGUUUUAUAAAAACUGAGAUAAUUUGCACAAUUACGGCAUGUCAGAUUUCAACCUUUCCAGUUGGUUUGAGAUAUUUUCAUUUCAUUUCGUGCACAGGAUUUAAAAAAAUAAAAUUGCAAGUAUAUUUCGUGUAUGGUUCCUAAAACACAGUCUUUGAACUUCCUAGGGUGCCAAGGCACUAUAAAUAGCUUCAGCUACCAGCAUGCCAUUGAACAUUCCCAAACUUUUCUAUAGAAUCAUGGUAAUUGUUUUCUUAAUUUGGUUUUUUUUCUCUUUGAAAUCUGCAUUUUCAGAAGAGGGAUGGGUAUCAGCUUGUUGUGUUGGUCAACUAACAGUGUUUAUUGUUUGUGAAAUGGUUGUGGUACUAAAGUAAAGGUGUUCUGUUGUCAAGAAAACAGCAUUACAUUCACAGUUUGACUGACAUUUGCUUCUGUACUUACAUUUGUGCCAGUGUUUUUGACUUGUCACUGUUAUGUAUAUAUUGUUGCAUAUUGUUAAAUUUGAUCACUACAAAAAAACUAAAUAAAGAAAAGCAGAAAAA